ACGGUGACAAACUUUCCUCUGUGCCAGGGAACCUCUGAGCCGGACUCCCCACGGCCCUGGAACAAUCCCAGUGCUUAGAGUCUCUGUUCUCAUGCGGCACUGCACAGGUUCUGAGUCAUGACGUAUUUACUGACAACGCCGUGCGAGUUUUCGCACGAGCGCACCAGCAGUUCGGUAAUGUACUUCUUGGUCAGAUAAACCUCCCCUUGCACCUCUGUCACUGCGUCUAUUAGAUCUUUUCUCUCGGCUGUUGGAAUCAUCGGACCUGUCCGUUUGGAGAGCGCAGGUCAAUUGGGAUUUUUCACCUUUCCUGACAGAUUUGGAAAAGUUUUACCUCCGUUUUUCCAGAAGCACUGUUUCAGCAUGGGGCGAGCCUGUCACCGAGAGCUCGCGCUCCUGCCGCUGCUGGGAUACUUGGCUUGCCUGACGCGCGCGGACGUCUCUCCAUUAGGACGUGUGUUCUUACUGGAGUUGGAGAGUUUUUCAAAAGAUGGACAGGAGAAGGGGUUUGAGGCAGCAACACAUGCCUGUAUGGCUCAAGGGGCCCGGGUGGCAUCCAGGGCUGACCUGCAUCAUGCAGUGUUGGAAUGUGCCUUCUCAGCCUGCUCGCGUGGUUGGCUCUCCGGACCGAGCAUUGGGACUACAGUGUGCAGCGGCGUCCCGGGGAGUUUGAGGCCAGUUGAUGUGCAGUUGGAGAAUUUAACCGCGGACACCGAGAGACUGGGCGUGUUCUGUGUGAAAGAGAGCGAUGCUCCAUGUGGACAGCCACCUUCAUUCCCACUCUCACAUCUGCAGGGGAAAACUGGGCUCGACCUAGGGGAUGAACUUCUGUAUGCCUGUGACCCAGGAUACAAACUGCCCAAUGGAGAUACAGCCUUCAGCCUGCUUUGCGACAGUUGUGGAGAAUGGUACGGCCUUGUGCAGCAUUGCAUCAAAGAUGAUCCUGAAGGCCACAUCGACUAUGAAGAUAAGUUCACAGAUGGCUAUCUCCUUGAGAAUCUGAGGGAGGAGCAUCAUAUUUCUUUGAAUCCAGGAGGAACACAGUCCACUGAUCAUGAAGUAGAAGAAUCCUCUCCUGAGCCUGAGCAGACAGUCAUGUCUGAGGAGGAGAAAGAGAAUGAUGAAGAUUUAACAGUAUCAGUAACUGAAUCUCCAGUGUCUCUACUCAGUCAGAAGCACAUGUUCUGGUUCCCUUCAGAGGCCUUCAAGAAAGAGAAGGAGCAGCCAGGUAUCACCACUGAUUCUUCCUCUAUUAAAAGCCCCAAUGAAGAUGAGAGCCACAUGACGGUCAAAACAACCUACAGCCAAUCUGGUCCUGACAGGAUCACAGAGGAAAGUGACUAUCCGACAGAUCCUCCCACCAGUGAACCUGCCAGUCCCAGUGACAGCGGCACGGACGAGUCCUGGCUAGAUGGAUACCCUGUUACUCAGGAUGAAGAUAAAGUUGGAGGUGAGUCCAUGGGGGAGGCAGGGCCAGAACAAGGUGCGGAGUCAGAAGCAGAGACCUUGACUGGCAACUCAGAAGUAGAGGUGUUUGAGGAUGUAACCAAAAACCCUGUGGAAGAAGAGACGGGGGGAUUGAUUGACAACUCUGAGGAGGAAGAAGAUGGAGAAAUGAAAAAGGACAUAAACCACAGGAAAGGUGACGAGGAGGAGCUUGGUAAAGGGACAACCAGACUUAAAAAGGGAGAGCCUGUUGUAACACGUUAUGAGGAAACAACUGAAGGACUUUCAGAAGAUGAUAUGGUGAAAGAAACGUACACACCAGAGGAAACAGACUCUGAUGGAUCCAAAACAUUGGGGUUUGAUGGUCUUACUGAUAGUCCAAAUGGUGUGGAGGUGAAGCCCACCACCUCCAUUACUCAGAUCACACCCAGUCCAGAUGAUGUUGCUGUACAUGCCAUGCCAUACACACCGGCUUCUGCUCCUGAAAAUGUGAGUGCCAGUCAGGGCGGGUUGGGCCCUGAGAAAAAAUCCACACCUUCUGGGAUGGUACAUCUGGCUGUUACACCUGAUUAUAUCACAAGCAUGCCCACUCCUGUCAUCAAGGAUCCAUGGGAAACCAUUGAUGACCACUUCCUGGACCACAUCCCUGUUCAUGUCCCAACUGAAACCACUGAAAAUCGGAGUGUGAUGGAACAUGGUGGAGAUCACAGCCUGGAUCAUCAGGAUCAAGCUGGAGAGGGUGCUUGUGAAGAAGACCCCUGUCACGGUUCAGGCCGCGGGCCCAUGAUCGCAGCCAUUAUCAUCGGCAUCGUAGCAGCAGUAGUGGGUGUGGCCUUGGGGGUGUGGUGUUAUAAAAAGAGGCAACAAAAGAGCUCGCACUACCAGCUUAAUGGAACUAACAGACAAACGCAGUGCAUUGAAUUACAACAGACUGUGUGAGAUCAUAUCUAUCGUUCUAUCUAUCAUUCUAUCUAAUGCUGGUCUAUUGUUCUUUCCUUCUAAUGUUUUAUAUCGAAGCUUUCUGUAACUGACAUUCAAAGCUGAAAAACUUUGCUUUUCUAAUUUUCUAGUAAAAUUACAGUUAUAUGAAAUUCAGUUCACCUAACUUUGCCUACAUUUCAAGAAUUGCAGUGGAUUAGAAAAAAUUCUUAAUUUUUUUUCUGAAUGCCACACAACCCUGACUUUCACACUCUCACAAGGAGAGUGUCUGUGUUCAACACUCCUUAUUUAGGUAGUAUUCCUGUUUUGCCAUGUUUUAUAUUUCGUUAUAUUUUCAUUGAUUUGUGGAUAAUUGUUGUAUCAUGAAUCAGAUGUCUUCUCUUGCUUUGGACGGACUGCAUUGGACUGCGGGUCGGUGCAUGUGUGUACGUGAUGCCCAUCUGUCCUUGUUAACAGAUUUGUAUGUGUUUAUAGCUUUGUCCAUUAUGAGUGAGCGUGUGUGAAUGAAACAUUGUGACUUUAGCCUAUUUUGGUUUUGAAAGAGAGCAGUCAGUUAAAAGAGAGUUUGGUUGAACUCAGUAUUCUCUGUGUGCUAUUGAAAGUUUCCAGCUUGCAGACAGGUGAGACAUUCUGGUCAGAGGAACUGAGGGUGAAUUCUGAUUGGCUUUCAGCUCAUACAGACCUAGAGUAGGUAGAAUAAAUAGCUUUCAUCCCUAAAUUUAGAAUACAAUGAGCAUUUGUUCAUUUCAAACCUUUUUCCUAUAAAUAAGUGAGUUUCUUGGGGUUGAACUCGGGACACUCACAGACAGGUGAGACAUUCUUCUCAGAGAAACUAAAGGUUGGUUUCUGAUUGGCUUUCAACACAUUUACAAUUUGUUGAGUUUCAGUUUCUUUAAAAGAUAUGUAGUAAGUUAUAUCAUAGCAGACUAUUUUCUACAUAUAUUUUCCCAAAUAUCUCAUUGAUGUGCAAACUUUUUGGCCGAGUUUUGUACAAGAUAUUCAGUCGACUUAAGCGACAUUUAUGAGGCAUAUUUAUAUCAUGUGUAUUAUAAAUGUAAAAAAUUAGAAUUAGUGAAUUAAAACAAAACAGACACAAAUCAGAUAUGUUUAGAAUAGAUUUUUAUUUCAAUUGUCAUACUGAGGUCAAACAUAUAUAGCAUAGUAUGCUAUUUUUAGAUAAUAUUAAUAAUAGGUAAUGAAGGUUAGUAAAGCCAAUUAUUUCUAGGUGUUGUUAGAGCAAAUGUAGCAAUUUUUUUUUACAUUGUUUGAUUUAAUUAUAAAUGAAGAAAAGUGGAGUAAAACUUCAUGAAUUUUGCAGGGUUAUUUGUAAGUAUCCAUUAAUGAUCGGCUGACAGUAUUAACAUUAUCUAACUUGUUUUUGAUUGUUGGUUGUUGUCUUUUAAUAUGUUUUCCAGCCCUGACAUCUCUAUUUAUUAGAGAAGCUAGUACAGUCUUAUUUACAUUAGCCAUUUAGUGGACGCUUUUAUCCAAAGAUACUUACAAAUGAUGAACAUCACAAGCAAUUUAUCAUACAAGGGCCAACAAACACUUGCAUUUACUUACAAAAUAAGCUCAUUUACAGUCUUAAUACUAAGAAUGUAAAAAAAGCUACAUUUUAGAUCAAGAAGUCAGUUCCAGUUGGCUGCUGUAGAUCUAUUUAAAUCUAAAGUGCUAAACACAUAAACUGCUUACCAUAAAAUUGGUCAUUUACUGUUUGUGGGGUAAACCAUUCGCCAUUGGAACUAUUUUAUUUGCUCUGAUCUCUUCUGAUAGUUAUAUUCUGAACUGUAAAGUGUUUUUAUUGUGAUAAGGAACUGUGAGAUUUCUUUCUCUUUGUUCUAUUAAUCUUUUCAAUUCCAUUUUAAGCUAAAACUGCUUGGUAAUAUCAACAUUACACUGUAACAAUGUCAUGUGACAUGAGGGUAUCUGACUAAACGUAGCUGUGGAAUACUAAUGGAACAUUAACCAAUAAAUUACUUUGGGGGAAAAAAUA